AUGAUGUUAGAAUUACAAAAUAUAACAAGUGACCUUGCGGAAGAAAUUUCAUCCUUACGCUUGUCUCUUCGAGAAAAAUGGAUUUCAAUGAAAGGUUGUGGUAUAGACUUCCCACAACUCAGUUUAGAAUAUUUACGUCCCUUUACAUGUGGCAGCUAUCAAUUAAAAGAAAGUAAAGCAUAUGCUAAAUCACAUUUAGAUGAGAAUGGUGAUUUUGAUGUUGAGUUAUCGCCCGCCAAAAAUAAUCUAUUACGGUGUCGAAUACAAAGUCGUCACCAAAAUAGUAUAAAAUAUUACCUUUGUGUUAAAUAUGAUCCAUCUGCUAGUGAUGAACCGAUAUUAGACAAAUACUGUCAAUAUAAAAGUGGAAAUCGCACUAUAGGUUGUCGUGCUCAUACUGCAACAGUCUUAUGGUACCUGAGUUAUGCGCGCUUUACUGAAUGGAAACCAUCUCAACGAGGAACAAUUUUGUUUGAUAGUAUAACAUCAUGUCGCUGA